AGGAAAUGCCUACGGUUUAUAAACCAUGGCACACAACCAAAAUUCAUUUGAGGUGGAUUAUGGACAGUGAAUUAAGUUGAAACCGUUGUGCUGGGCAUUGUUAGCUGGAGGAGGUUCAAUCGUAUGGUAGUUGUGCUCACUGGCUAUUUGCAUCAUGUCAGCAUCUUACCGGUAUACCUCUCAUUCUCACGUCUUCCAGUCCCAUCCUUCAACGGUACUUCCAAUAUUAAUCCUGUUGACACAUUCAUCCGAGGCUCUGCAUAUCUUGAUAACCAAGCCCGCCUCUCGGAUCGAAGAACCAUCACAAUAUCCCAGGAUUCACCUCCACCUGCAUCAGCACGCCCAGGCCUCUUUGACUGGCUGCACGUCUCCAAAGUCUAGGAUGCAAGGACAGCAUCAUUCACGAACAAAGGCUAUCGCCCUCUCCCAUGGAGAUCAAAGUAGAGAGGCGAUGUUACCCGUUAUAGAGCUAUCUUCCACCUGUCCGAACCAUCAUAUAUGAUAUCUUUGCAUGUUGUGUCUGGGAAGUGAGCGCUUAGGAGGCUUACGCAUCGGCGCUGAUAUUUACAACCUCACACAUCAAGAGCAUGUUCAGCUCAAAAUCGAUGGCAUGUGACAUGACAAAGUCACUGCCGCUCCAACGCUUUCCCAUCGGGGCCGGACCUUCGUUCUUGGUGAUAUCUCGGUA